AUGCUACUUUCACUACUGAGCCUAUCCUUUUUGACGUUGUUGAUCAACGCCACUCCUAUCCCAUCCCGUGGCGGUCAACAGCUGUACAAGAGAGGUAGCUUUGACUACGACAAUGACAAGAUACGAGGCGUCAACAUUGGUGGUUGGCUUGUGCUUGAACCGUACAUCACCCCUUCGUUAUUUGAAGUUUUUGGCGACACCAUCCCUGUGGAUGAAUACCAUUACCAUCAGACUUUGGGUAAACAGUUGACUGCAUCGAGACUUGAGCAACACUGGAGCUCAUGGAUCACUGAGUCUGACUUUGAGAGCAUCAAGGGGACUGGUCUUAACAUGGUUAGAAUCCCAAUUGGUUACUGGGCUUUCCAAACUUUGGACUCUGAUCCUUAUAUCCAAGGCCAGGCUGAAUACUUGGACAAGGCCAUCCAAUGGGCCAGAAACCAAGGCUUAUACGUCUGGAUCGACUUGCACGGUGCCCCAGGUUCUCAAAACGGCUUUGAUAACUCUGGUUUGAGAGACAGCCUGCAGUUCCAGAACAACGGUAAUGACCAAGUCACUUUGAACGUUUUGAAGACCAUCUUUGACAAAUACGGAGGUUCAGACUAUGACGAUGUGAUCAUUGGUAUCGAACUCCUGAACGAGCCACUGGGACCUUCCUUGGAUUUGACCAAGUUGAACGAAUUCUGGGACACCGCAUACUGGAACGCCCGUAACGCUGGUUCAAGACAAAACGUCAUUGUCCAUGACGGGUUCCAAAGCAUGGGCUACUUCAACGAUAAGUUCCAAUUGGCUGAUGGAUACUGGGGUGUUGUGAUUGAUCACCACCACUACCAGGUGUUCUCUACUGGUGAGUUGUCCAGAACCAUUGAUGAACACGUCCAAGUUGCCUGCGAAUGGGGUGAGCAAUCCACCGCUGAGAACUUGUGGAACGUUUGUGGUGAAUGGUCCGCUGCUCUCACUGAUUGUGCACCAUGGCUUAACGGUGUUUACCGUGGCGCUCGUUACGACGCAACUUACCAAUCCAGCACCUACUAUGGUACCUGCGAUGGUUCUCAAGACAUUUCAUCUUGGGAUCAAACCACAAGAGAUAACCACAGACGUUAUAUUGAGGCACAAUUGGAUGCCUUCGAGAAGGGCGCCGGUUGGAUCUUCUGGUGUUGGAAGACGGAGAGUGCCGGUGAGUGGGAUUUCCAGAAAUUGGCCUACAACGGUAUCUUCCCACAACCCCUCGAUAACAGACAGUAUCCAAACCAAUGUGGGUAUUAG